AUGAGUAACAGUGAGCCUGAGAAGAUGCUUUUAAAGUUGCUUGAAUUCUUCCACCAAAAUGCCGGAGAAGCAGACACCUUGGACAGAUCAAAGCUGGAGAAGAUCAUGAAGGAGCAUUUCCCCACCUUUCUCUCUGCUUGUGAGAAAAAGAACCCAGCAUUCCUGGAAGAGUUCUUUAAGAAUGAAGACAAGAACCAGGACAAGAAAAUCAACUUCCCUGAGUUUAUGUCCUGUGUGUCUCAAGUGGCCAUAUACUUACACGAUCAGUCUCACAACCAGAGCUGAGAGGCUUAUGGUCUCCCCAGACCUGGGCUCAGCUCUCCCAGUGGUCAAUAAAGCAUCACUCU